UGUUUCAAACUAUAUGAAAACAGUUGAUUCUCUUCCGUCAUAUUUUCAACUGCGCAACCGCUCCGCGUCACUUUCUCCGCCAAAAACCAUUCGAUGAUCGUUCCCAGAUUUCAGUCUUAUGGAAAUUCCCAACUGCACCUGUGACUGUAGGUGAGAAAUUGAAGAGUCUGUCUCGGAUCGUCCGCAGACUAUAGUAGCUUUCAAUAAUGAAUAGCUCUAUUGAGAUAUUCAUAGCAGACGAUCGUGACAUGAAAGAGAAUAGUGCUGUCAUUGUAUGGAGUGUCAUCGAUCCCCUCGAAUCGACUAACAAUAACUGCAUUCUUGGUGCUGCUCACAGUCCAUUCCCAAUUGAAAUGGAUACGUUUCGAUCCACUUGUCACAUUCUACUCGUAUCAACAGGCGUCCCGCUCAAUCUGUUCAUCGCAAUCGUCAUCAUGGCGUUCAAAAGAUUGCAUAACAAGCCACGCAAUGUUUUGUGGCUCGGCGUGACUUUCUGCAACCUGUUCACGCUGCUCACGAUUUUGAUUGAAUUCUUGGCGUAUCACAUGCAAAAUGCUUUGAUCUGUUUCAUUUUUGUCUCCAUUACUGGUGUGGCCUACACUUGCCUACUGUUCAAUUUACUUUUAGCAUUGAUUGACCGAUACGCUGCUAUUGUUCAUCCGCUCUGGCACCGACAAAAAGUCACAGUUCGUUGGGUUGUCGUUGGCCAAUCGAUUAGUUUCAUUUUCGUUGUUUUGCUCAUCAAAUUCCCAUUUAUCGCACAAUUUUCUCUUCCCGAAUGUGAUUUUUAUCCUGUUCACGCCAAAAUCAUCGCCGUCUGCAAUUUCAUCCUCUUCGUUUUAUGCAUCGUGGCACAAACUGUCGUCUACCACAAAACGCGUCAGUGUUUCAACAGCAGUCAACAGCGAGGUGACAGUAGAGAAACUACCGUCACUUUCGUCCAGUCGGGACCGAAAACUCAACGCCGUGAUACGUCGGCCGAAAUAUUUGUAUUGCCCAGCAGCAGCACUCAGAGCGACAGUCAAUUACGUCGUCUGCCUGAAGCCAUUGUCAACAUCAACAGUCCUCCAGCCAAUGACAAUAAUCAAGCGAGUUUGUGUACCACUGGUCCAGUGACUCUUCGUCGUCAUCACGUCGGUGGUAACCGACAAAUGGAGGUCGAAGCAACUUGGAGUCUAUUGAUGGGUGUCUUUUCCUUGUUGAUAUUCACGUUCCCCACACUGGUGAUGGCUUUCAUCGAGUGGGGUUGUCGAAUGAUUAACGGUGAAGAUCAGUGUCCUCCAUUGAUCAGUGUCAUUCUGUUUUACGCCCGCGAACUUCUACUCGGACAUCUCGUCUAUAAUCCUGUCAUGUACAUGAUAAGAAAUAGGGAAUUUUCGUCUACCGUUCGUGAGAGAUGUUUCGUAAUCUCUCGUUAAGCAGCUUUCUACGGAUAGGCGAGUGAUCUCCUGUCUGUAAACUUUGUCAGUGUGAUCCUUCAAGGUGGUGAUUUUUAACUUAAUGCUCGAUCCAUUUUACCCUGUCGCCUUGUGUUCUGAUGAGACUUACGUAAUUACGAUGUAAACAUGGGUUGUCGGUCGCUAAAUCAGCCUCUACAGUCGGUUGGUUGUCUGGUCAACCGAAUCAUUGGAAACUUUUAUAUGGUACCAAUCAACACGAAUCUUAUCACACAUGAAUGUCUAUAAUUUCUGAUAAUCUCGCCAUUCUGGCUCUAUGUCAUCUCGUCUCUCUGUAAUUGAAUAGUUAAUAUAUCGAGUCCUGGCGACUGAUGAUAAUC